AUGUCUCUGUGGAUUCUUUGUGUCUUCCUGCCGGCGACGGCUUCGAAGGCAGAAAUUCUUUCGGUGGUCCAACACGAUCCCUCCCAAGAUCCCUCUCAACUGCACGACGGCGAUCCCUUAAAAAACGUUGGGCAAACGGUUCAGCGCGCUGGGCAAGCGCCUCAGAGCGAAGGAGUACAUAUGCCGGUGAUAGUAGCAGUUGUGGGGCUGCUCUUGUUGGGGUCAUGCAUGUUUCUGGUGUGGUGGAAACAUCAGAAGGUGUGGUGGAAACAUCAGAACGUGUGGCGGAAAGAGCCAAGCCCCAACCCAGAUCCGGAACUUCAGCCUGCGCCUGCGCCAAGCCAAGUACUUCCACCAGACCACGUGCAAAAACCAUCGGUCCAAUUUGCCUCGGGCCAGGUGUCGGCCCAAUGGCCCCGCGGAAAAACCGCACAUUUCGCAGUUGAAGCAGGGUCCUUUGAAGCUUUCGGGCAUCAAUAUUCGAUCGAGCAUGCAGAUGAGCCAGUGGUUGCGCAGUUUCGCUGGGGUGAUGGUACGCUGCAGAUUUCAGAUCGCGUCGACCGAAACACCAUCUGGUGGCGGACCAAUCAUCCGAAUCCGGACUGGCAGCGCUUCCUUUGGGUGUGUAUUCCCUUGUGCAGAUGUGGUCCAGCAUCUCACGCGAUGGAAUUCAGUGAGUCUAGCUACAAAUGCUCUGUGUGCCGCUCGCAAGGGCACGAAAAACAUUGGCAGUGUGUGCAGCAUGACGUCCAUUUUUGCUGCAAUUGCGCUGUUCCACCGUUGACACCAGCCACUCUUGGAGUUUCUGCCAGAUACGUUGUGGAGAUUUUUCCAAGUCUUGCCAGAAGCGCCACCGGCUUAGAGAACCCCAACUUCUACGAGAUUUGCCCACAGCUGGCCUUGGGGGAGCAUGGUUUGGGCUUUGGGAAGACUUGCCCGAGAGACGGCAAACCCAACUGCAGCCUGGUGGACUCACUGGAAGACCAGUAUAGCGGCAAGGUGACCCACUUCGUCUCGUGGUGUUGGGGCUACACGCUCCAAGAUUUCGCAAGCGCUGUCCACAGCUGGCUGCGGAGAUCCAAACUGGAUGCUGAAGAUGUUUUCCUUUGGGUCUGCUUCUUUUGCAACAAUCAGUAUAGAAUCAUGGACAGCGGGAGCACCAAAACGGGAAGUGAUGAGUUGAAAUCAGUCUUCGAAACGCAUUUGGCUGAAGCCGGACAAAUGUUGGUCCUAUUGGAUAAAUUCGUUUCGCCGAUCUACAUCCGCGGCUACCUGAACGACCUCCGCGCGGUUGCUGCGGGUCUAUGCAUUGUUUGCAUUGAGCAGGAAUUUUCCAUGAGCAUUAUCCUCUCAGAAUCAGCG